UUUGAAUGUUCAAGAAACAGAAUUAUCACUGGAUAAGUCCAUGUUUGGUGCAAAGAAGUGAAAGAACCCCACAGAGAGAAGCAGAAAGCUAUUUCUUCUUCUUCUGCAAUGGCGAGCCUUUCUCUCUGUUCAUCUCCUUCUUCCUUCUCACCUCUCUGCGCAGCUCAGAAGCAAAGACUCAACCUUUCCCUCUCUAGAGACGCCCCGAACAUCCCAUUUCUCUCUCGCUCUCUAUCUUCUCUCCGGCUCCACUCAUCCCCCAACCCGCUCCCAUUGCACCCGCAUUUUAUCGCCAGAUUAUCUGAACCCGAGUCCUCGCUGGCCGAAUCCGAGCCCGAUUCUGGUGUUAUUGAACCCGAACCGCAAUCUGAACCGCUAGUCCCAGAACUGCCGAUUCCCGAAGCCAAGAGGGAAGAACUGUUUGCCGUUGUCAUGGUUGGAUCUCGUCAAUAUAUUGUCAUCCCUGGACGGUUCAUCUAUACUCAGCGGCUAAAGGGCGCAAACGUGAAUGACAAAAUUAUUCUAAACAAGGUAUUGUUGGUAGGAAGCAAAACAAGCACAUGGAUUGGAAAACCAGUGGUAACUAAUGCAGCUGUUCAUGCUGUGGUUGAGGACCAGUUAUUGGAUGAUAAGGUCAUUGUGUUCAAGUAUAAGAAGAAGAAGCACUAUCGAAGGAAAAUAGGUCAUCGCCAGCCAAUCACACGAAUAAGAAUAUUGGGUAUCGCUGGAUAUGAAGACUACCCUGCUGUCACACUUUCAGAUAUUGACCCUGCUCUACAAUAACUACGGUUUUUUUUCUUCUUUCUAAAAACCUUUUUGUUUUAGAUUCUUCAACUUGAUUCCCAGAGUAGUGUGCUACAAAUCUUAUGGUUCCUAAUAUAUGUCAUUUUUAUAAACCAAAACAGUAAUUCAUCCUAUCUUCUUAAAUGUGAAACCUUGCUUUCGAGACAACAGCUUAGCUUUGAAUAGAAAAUGACAUGAAUCACACGAUCACGAAAACGUACACCCUAAGAAAAAGCAGAAAAGAUG